AUGUCCUCCGGUAGCACUGGUGACAUUAGAAGCGAGCUAGCAGACGCGUUCAGCGCGACGCCAGGAUCCGACGAUGCUUUCGUCGAGCAGUGCAGCGGGCUUUGUCAAACAUUCAAUAUUGCUCCAACAGAUCUCUACUACAAAUGGGAGUCCCUUGUCAUGUCAUCAAGUUUUAUCGGCACGAGAAUCAUCAAUGAGGACACCGUUCAGGCUUUGAGGGGCCUCUUACAGGCGGACUUGAACAAGACGAAGGCUGUCACCCAAAGCAGAGUUAAGCCUGAAUUCUCCGGAAAGAUGAUGAGGGGAAAGCUUCCCAUUGGUAUGCUCGGAUUAGAGUCGCGAGUCAACUCCAGGACUUCCGGUAUGGGUCUCGUUAGACCUGCCGCUACCAGUACAUUCGCUUCCUCUUCGUCUUCUUCUACUCCUAUCGCAAGAGCUGGACCCAGCAAGGUCUCUUUCUCUACCAGCGACGAUGAUGAGUCGAGGACUAAGCGUGCAUAUCGCUACAUGUACGAAAAGAUCAUGGAACGUAGUGAAGUUCUUGAUGACCGUAUAGAUGAUUUCGCCGAGAUGGUGAGAGAUCAUUACAAUCUCGUUGGGUUGGGGGACCCUACAUCCUCGACAGAAGAGGACUGCGUUGUGGUCGGGCGGAUCACUUUAGACUCAGAAUCGGCCACAUCCGACUCGGCGAAAUUGAACGAGGCAAGUCUUUGCCUGGAGUCAUCGCGAUCGAUGGGCUCUGGCGGAAGGGUACCUCUCAAAUUUGAUUCAAACGUCAAAGUUCGUGGGGGUCCAAAGGAUGUGGGAGCCGUUGGUUUAUUCCCCGGAGCGAUAGUUGCGCUGAAGGGGAAGAACGGUGGAGGCGGACGCUUCACCGUGAGCGAAAUCUUGACGCUUCCACCAUUGAAACCUUCGAGUCAUGGCGCGGAAGGUGGAGUCAAGUCCGAUGCAGGAGCUGCCCCGUUCUCUAUGUCAAUCGCAUGCGGGCCGUUCACCCCUGAUGCCAAUCUUGCCUACCAACCCUGGUCAUCUUUACUUCAAAAACUCCAAAGCGAGAAACCGGACGUAGUGCUCCUGGUUGGCCCUUUCAUAGACGCACAACAUCCCAAGAUCAAGAUAGGUGACAUCGACGAAACUCCCGUUGAGAUGUUCUACCGUCAUUUCACCGACAACCUGCGGGAAUUUUUGGACGGUUCACCCGACAGCAUCGUCCUCCUCGUACCUAGUGUCCGGGAUAUGAUCAGUUCACAUGCUGCCUUCCCACAGCUUGAACUCGGUGCAGAAUUUGCUGGGGACUCUCGUAUCAAACUGCUUCCAAACCCUUGUCUUUUUUCGCUCAACGGGUUGUCAUUUGGCGUCAGCAGUGUAGAUGUCCUAUUCCACCUUAGAAAUCAAGAGAUUAUAAAGCGGGGGGAGGAAGUCGACUCUGUCGCGACGAGUAUAGGGGAGUCGAGUACGGAUGCGAUGUCGGCGACUUGUCGACAUCUGCUUCAACAAAGAAGCUUCUACCCGGUGUUCCCCGUGCCAUUCGAGCUCUCAUCCGAAGUGAACCUCGAUGUCUCUCAUUCCGAUGGUCUCGACAUCUGUGCGGACAAUACACCAGGCGUGGCACCCGACGUUAUUGUCACUUCAAGCAAACUGAAGUACUUCUCAAAAGUGGUCGACCACACCGUCGUCAUCAACCCAGGGUUCGUGUCUAAAGGUACUUCGGCGACUCUCAACGUCGGACGCGGGGGACAAGGUCCGGCUUGGUCAAGAGUACAGGCCGAUGUCAAGAAGUUUGGAGCAUAG